UAAGCUAAAGUUAUCUGUGCUCAUCAUGGCUCCGGGUCUCAGUGUUUUUAUUUGGCUGUUAGUUGUUGUGAAAGGAUUGGCCGGGGUUCGGGAGAAUGAGGUUGGCCAAAUAUCGGGUUCUUGUUACAAACCAGUAAACUUCAGCGGACCCUCUUUUAUAAGAACUUAUCCGAGACCUCACGAGUACCUGAACCUGUCUGAUCUCCCUGUAUCCUGGGACUGGCGGAACAUCGCUGGAAGGAACUAUGUGAGCAUAACGCGCAAUCAGCACAUCCCUCAGUACUGCGGUUCAUGCUGGGCCAUGGGCUCAACCAGUGCACUCGCAGAUCGUGUAAACAUCAAAAGAAAAGGGGCGUGGCCAUCAGCAUACUUGUCCGUCCAAAAUGUGAUUGAUUGUGGGAGAUCAGGGUCUUGUUUCGGAGGAGAUCAUCUGGGUGUGUAUGCGUAUGCACAUAAGAAGGGCAUUCCAGACGAGACCUGUAACAACUAUCAAGCCAGAAAUCAAAAGUGUGAUCCAUUUAACCAGUGUGGCACUUGCUCGUCCUUUGGCUCCUGCUCUAUUGUAAAGAACUACACUGUGUGGAAGGUGGGAGACUUUGGGAAGGUCUCAGGACGAGACCAUAUGAAAGCCGAGAUCUAUAAAAAUGGCCCAAUCAGCUGUGGUAUCAUGGCAACUAAAGGGCUUGAAGCGUAUGAGGGAGGAGUGUUUGCAGAGUUUCAUCUGAUCUCACUCAUGAAUCACAUUAUAUCUGUGGCUGGCUGGGGAAAGACUGAGGAUGGGACAGAGUAUUGGAUAGUCAGAAACUCCUGGGGAGAAUUCUGGGGCGAAGCAGGCUGGGCCCGGAUCGUCACCAGUGCUUAUAAAGGAGGUAAAGGGAACUGGUUCAACCUCGCUAUUGAAAAAUCCUGUGUAUAUGGAGACCCCAUAGUGGUCUAAAGGAGGAGCAACUGUGAGAAGCCAGCACCGUCCACAUGGACACAGCGAAACCAGGAACCUAGCCAAUGGAGAGUCAUACUCACUGUGCAUUUUACUGAUAUUUGUAUUUAUUAAAAAUAAGGACUGUUAAUGUCUGUACACAUGGUAUUUAAUUGUCACAUUAGGUUACAUUUUACAUUUAAGCAAAAUCACUUUUGUCUGUCUGUACUGGGUGUCAGAAAGGACAAAAAGUAUCUGUUACUAUGUUAUGUAAUUAGUCAAUGUUAAGUAAGUGAUGGAAUUCUGUUUUAAAUGCUAUAUUUUGUUCAUAAUUGUAUUGCUAUUUUUUUAAAGAAUGACAUUGUAAGGAAUAGAAUAUUUACUUGAACUCUUGCUAAUUUAAAACCAGAUAUUAGUUCAGUAUGUAUUGAUGCAGUGUAUUAUGAUAUAUAAUUUAUAACACUUUAUACCGCUUUUAAAUAAAAUUGACUAUUAAUAUUUUA